AUGUCCACCAACACCCAGGACACCGCCACAGCCACACCCAACAUGGCUACUGGCACCAAAGACAUCACUACCGCCGCCACUACCAGCACGACCGCCACAUCCACUACACCACAAAUGUCCUCCAAUAUCAAUACUAACACCACCAACACCACCCUCUUCCUCACCAUGGAACAAAUGACCGACAUCCCCCAAUACCGCUCCAUCCUCGAACCCGCCUCCCGCAAAGCAGGCUUCACCUCCUACACCCAAUUCCUCACCUGGCUUCUCUCUCCGGCCCUUCUUCCCAUGUGGCUUGAAUUCGAGCGCGACUUUCUCAUCCCCUUUAUCAACUCCCGUUCUCCCUCCAACAGUACCACCACCUCCCCCAUAAGGUUCUCACCUACAACCCCCGUCCCCCCGGGCCCCCUCAGCCGCAACCCCACCGCCUUCCUCGCCUCCUUUUCCCGCUCCCUAAGCGACUUCUCCCUGCCUACCGCGACCUUACUCCCUUUUUUUGAACACCUCUUCUUGAAAUCCCGGUCCCUGCCCAAGGGCUCUUUCAGGGAAAACGAAAACAAAAAGGGGUGGGACCACGCCCGACACCACGUGUGGUGGUUUUUCUUGCGAGUGUUUGCGAGGAACCGCGGCGAGGACGGGCUGGUCCCUGUGAACUUUGCGGGCGCGUGGGCGGGCUGUUACGACGAGCGGCCCAUGGAGAAGUGGGUUAUGCAGCUUUGUUGGGUGCUGGAUGGGAUGGUUAGGUGUAAGUAUGGGGAUGGGAUGCGAUCGCUGCGGCAGGAGCAGGAGCAGGAGCAGGAGCAGGAGCAGCAGGGGAAUGGGAAUGUUGGUGGGACUGGAUCGGGGAAGGGGCUGGAGUUGAAGGAGGUUACGUUUCCUAAUGGAGUAGUGGAUAAGGGGUGUUUGAUUGUUUAUAAGACAUGA